AUGCAUUACUCCUACGCUUUGUCAGCUCUCGCUGCCUUCGCCUCGGCGGCAUCUGCUUCACUUACAAUCAACAACUGGUGCGCCAAAGAAGUCUACAUCUACAAGUCAAAUAAUGGAGGCUGUAAUGUCGGUUCCAAUGGAGCAUGUUCCACCGCUUCCAAUGCCACCCCUUGGCACAUCAAAGCUGGCCACGGAUCCAGCAGUCUUCUAACCCUUCCAUGGGACAAAGAUGGCCACGGCACAUCACUAAAGGUAGCCACAACCUCCAACUGGAAAACCACACCUUCAGUCUUGCAAUUCGAAUAUGCAUGGACUACUGGCAAAUAUGCUGCCCUCUACUGGGAUCUCAGUGAUUUGGAUGGCUCUGGAAGUGGAUUGGUGGGCACUCCUUUCAUGAGCGACAACGUGAAAGUCACUCCGACGGGCACGGGUAGUGGAUCAGGAACGUGCGUGAAGUUGAAGUGUCCCGCUGGUGCACUCUGCAAGGACGCGUAUAAUACUCCGGAUCAAACUGCUACUCGUUCCUGCCCGUUGACUACCGGUACCAUGUGGUUGGAUUUGUGUGAGCCGGCGGGCGCCUUCAAUACCAAGAGAGAAAUUCGCUUCGAGGCAUAG